GAUAAUGUAAAAGUAAGCCAUAGUUAUGCAUAUCAGGUAGUUAGCAACUGUUUCAUGUAAAUGUCAAAUUUCAAAAUCAGUAUUUAUUGAAAACCAUUAUUUAGUUGAAUUUCUUCCCUUGAAAUGAGCCACAUGUCUCCUCUUCUUCACUCUGCUUCCCCUGGGAACUAUGGUUCUCAGUUCCAACCUCCUUUUCACGUUCAUUUUUGAAGUCCUAAAAUCAAACACAAGCUGGCAUUCAGUACAUACAGUUACAUUUCCGUUGGUGUCGUGUUAUUUCCCACUUAAAGAGACACCGUAUGAAUAUGUAUAUUAUAAAUAAAAUCAUAAUUAAUCAAGUAGCUACUACUCAUUUGAGACCGCUAACUCAAUUAGCGCAAACUUCAUUUGUAAUAUGUGAAAAGGAGUUAAGUGGAAAUUAGCUUUGGAUUCAAAGAAAAGCCGUGCAAUAAAUUUAUCCUGGUCGCGGACAUUCAUCUUCCCAUCAUGCACAUUCCUUCCACCACCAGAUCAUUAACAUUCUCUCUCAAACACUACAUCUACCAGGUGCUCAAAUGAAAAACCUGAUAGCUCCCUGGCUCACCCUCUAACCUUUCCCUGAAUCAGUUGCUAGGUCUUGUGUAUUCUACCUGUCAGAACUACUCUCUGUCUCCAUCAUUAACACCUGGACUAGCCUGUGAAUUGGUCUCCCUACCCCCACAGUUGCUGCCUUCAAUUCAUUCGCCUAUAGACCGUCAUUAGUCAAGAAUUGCAAGCAAUGCAUGUGUUAUGAAGGGAUGUUUGGAGAACUAUGGAAGCCCAUAGUGAUAAAACCCCAAGCACAGAAGUUCGGGAUUAAGGGGGGUUUGGCUGCAGAGCCAGAGGAAUAUCAUAUAUUUUUGCCUUGAUCUUGAUAGUUUCUGAAUUGGAGGGGAAAUGCUGUUGGGGUUUUUGUUUUGUUUUGUUUUGUUUGAGUCUCCUUAAAGAAGUGCCAUUGUGACUGGUCUUCCAACCACUUUGCAUACCGCAUUGUAUGGAAAUGACUGUGUAACCUUAGGGAAAUCUCUUUAUUUCCCUGGGCCUUGGUUUCCCCAGUGGGAACAUUAUUAGUAGAAUCAGAUCAUCUCUUUGGUCCUUCCAAUUCCAAAAUUCUGUGAUUUUUUUUUUAGGCAUGAAUUAUAGCCAGAAAAGUGGUGUUAAAAGGCAGACAGCACUCCAGUGGAGAUUAAGUUACUGCUCUGGUUCACAGGCCUAGAUUUGUUUCCCAAAACCUUCAACACCUACAGACUCCUGCUUGUCAAGAUAAAACCUUCCCUGCCUAAUAGGAAGUCCCGUGAAGGAGCUACCAAGUCUGUCUGGACUGUUGUAUCCCCAGGGCCAAGUACACAUUGGAUACUCAAUGUUUAUUGGUUUGAAUGCAGAAGAUAAAUUCGUAUUUUAAUGAAGUGGUUUUCAACUCUGUGCCAUCUAAGAAACAUUUUAAGUUCUCGCUCCUCCAGGCUGCUCCAUUAACCAAGUAUUUAUAUUGUCUUUGCAUUGCCUGUAAUUAGUUGUUUUGGUGUUUAUCUUUCCUCCUAGACUUUAUUUCAGGGCAAGAAUUCUUAUUCCUGCUUGUGUCCCCAGCAUGUUCAGCCCAUAACAAGGAGCCAGCACUCUUUCAGUGAGGCACAUUAAUAGUGAAGACAAGCUUUGCACUUUAGAGACUGUAUGAGAAAAUACAUGCAGUAACCACUAGAUAAAAGAAGGAUGUAAGUCAGAAUACAGCAGAAAAUGUCCACUGAACGAACUUCUUGGACAAGUUUGUCCACUAUUCAGAAAAUAGCACUGGGCCUCGGGAUCCCAGCCAGUGCAACAGUUGCCUAUAUCCUAUACCGCAGGUACAGGGAGAGCAGAGAAGAACGGUUGACAUUUGUUGGGGAGGACGACAUCGAAAUAGAGAUGCGAGUUCCCCAGGAGGCCGUAAAGCUCAUCAUUGGCCGGCAAGGAGCCAAUAUUAAACAGCUGCGGAAACAGACAGGUGCUCGGAUUGAUGUGGACACAGAGGAUGUAGGCGAUGAACGGGUGCUGCUUAUCAGUGGGUUUCCUGUGCAGGUGUGCAAGGCCAAAGCAGCCAUCCAUCAGAUCCUGACAGAGAAUACCACUGUGUCUGAGCAGCUUUCUGUUCCGCAGAGAUCCGUGGGCAGGAUCAUAGGGAGGGGUGGCGAGACAAUUCGUUCUAUCUGUAAAGCCUCUGGAGCCAAAAUUACCUGUGACAAAGAAUCAGAGGGGACGCUACUACUAUCAAGGCUUAUAAAAAUCUCAGGAACACAGAAGGAAGUGGCAGCAGCCAAGCAUUUGAUACUAGAGAAAGUUUCAGAAGAUGAAGAACUUCGGAAGAGAAUUGCUCAUUCUGCAGAAACCAGAGUCCCACGCAAGCAGCCAAUCAGUGUAAGAAGAGAGGAAGCGAUAGAGUCUGGUGGAGCUGGAGAGCCAGCUUUGUGGAAGAGCACUGAUUCUGGUGCCGGGCUGGAGCCGGCUACACCACUGAGAGUUCCUCCCCGAAAAGGAAGCGGUGACAUGGCUGUCGAAGGGCCAGAAGGUGCUUGGGAGAAACCUAAUGGGGACAGCUUUCAGAAAUCUGGAGCCCAGACCAGUCCAGAGAUGUCCAUGUUUGAAAUCCCUAGUCCUGACUUCAGUUUCCAUGCUGAUGAGUUCCUGGAAGUCUACGUGUCUGCCUCUGAACACCCUAACCACUUCUGGAUCCAGAUCAUUGGCUCCCGCAGUCUGCAGCUGGAUAAGCUUGUCAGUGAGAUGACCCAGCACUAUGAGAACAGUCUACCUGAAGACUUGACUGUGCAUGUGGGAGACAUUGUAGCAGCACCUCUACCUACAAAUGGCUCCUGGUACCGAGCUCGGGUCCUUGGCACUUUGGAGAAUGGGAACCUGGACCUGUACUUCGUUGACUUUGGAGAUAAUGGUGAUUGCCCACUGAAGGACCUCCGGGCACUCAGGAGUGACUUCCUAAGUCUUCCAUUUCAAGCAAUAGAAUGUAGUCUGGCACGGAUCGCCCCCUCAGGUGAACAGUGGGAAGAGGAAGCUUUGGAUGAGUUUGACAGACUCACUCACUGUGCUGACUGGAAGCCCCUGGUGGCUAAGAUCUCCAGCUAUGUCCAGACUGGGAUCUCAACUUGGCCCAAGAUUUACUUAUAUGAUACUGGCAAUGGGAAGAAACUUGAUAUUGGGUUAGAAUUAGUUCGUAAAGGAUAUGCAGUUGAACUUCCUGAAGACAUGGAAGAAAACAGAGCCAUCCCAGACAUGUUGCACGAUGUGGCCACAGAAACAGAGGUCUCUCUUGGCAGCAUGCUCGCUGAGACCAGGAAGAGCCCUGGAGAAAUAGCAAAUACCCUGUCUUGCCUCAGCUUGUCAGAAGCUGCCUCUGUGUCUGGUGAUGAUAAUCUUGAAGAGGACUACUUACUGUGAAGUCAGCUGACGCCGUCUGCUGUGCCGUGAUUUGGUGCCUGGAGAGAGGAGCCUAUGAUAAAGGGAUCUAUGCAGUCCUUCCUCCAUUACCUACAUGAUCUGGCUUGCUGUGGACCAAAUGCAUGCUCUCCUUCUGUUGGACUACCACAAAGAGUGUGGGGUGGAGAAGAGGACAAGUACAUGUCCCUUCUCCACCUGCCCGACCCCAUCUUCUUCGAGUUUGCUUCCAGGCUGCUCAGCCUCUGGUCCGCUGCUCUCUGCCAGGCGAUUAUUGUAUGCUUCUGCAAGGCUGUGUCCUUUUUGAGGCUGGAACGCAGCCAGGUUUUGGUCAGUGGAAGUGAUGAUUCUGCAGACUUCUGACUCACCUCCUCAGGUGACUCUGUUAAUUAAAGGAGGUUUUUGAGUGGUUAGCUCAAAGACCGCAGUUGAGUUGGGAGGCACAGGCACAAAUCAGCAUGAUUAUAUUAAAAAGCCUCAGGAAAUGGGAAGAGAACACUGCCUCCCAGCCUCAACUGCUGAAAUGUUAUUGGAGGUAGGUUUUUUGAAACAGUGCUCCAGCUAUUUCCCUGUUAACUUUGGUUAAAAUACAAGUUAGACAAAGAGAGGGCAUUUCAGGAAAUACUCUAAAGUGCUAGUGUAGUAUCUAUAUGUAUACACACACCUCCAUGAAGUGAAAGAGAACUUCCAUAGCCGUUUAAAUCAUUUGGGGGAUUCUUUGAUGAAUAAAGUUCUCAAGAAAGAUCUAAAACUAAAUGUUGGUUGAAUCAAGGUAGAAGCAGGACUAUGGGUCCUGGAAUUUGUCGCACACCUUACGUGGAGGGCCCGUCUUUGAAGCGAGUGUCCAUCCCAUGCACAGAUCCUAUCCUUUCCCUAAAGGUAUUUCAGAAUUAAACAUUCACUAAGAACCAAACCAGUUUAGGUUUGGGCUUUGUGAAUAAGGACCCCACCCAAACUAGGUAUUUGGAAGAGGCCUGGGUUCUGGUAGGUCUCCACCAUGACCUUACUGUAAGCCUUCCGGGAGGCCAUGUCUUCACGCACCCCUGCAUCGUGGCCAGUAGCAUUCAGCCAGUGAGAGCUGUGAAAGGGACUUGGCAGCAAGUGUAAGUGUGUAGUACUGCGAGUGGUGGGGUAAUGGCCGAUGAACAGGGAGGGCUUUUUAAGGAUCUGUAAGAUGAACUACAAAACUUAAAACUAGCACAUGAGGAUGCUUUAUGCAGGGUUUUGUUUUUUUAAUCUAGUAAUUAGGCCUACCCAUAUACCGCAUGGGUUUUACCAUAGCCAAAAUUUUCAAAAUUUAUUUUCUCAGAAAACUCUCAGUACCGUGUGUUAGAGAAAGGCUCUAGUGAAGGAGCAUCUCUGAUGAGUUUGUGGGAUCUUGGAAGAAUCCUUGGAGGGCUGCCAUUGAUUUGACAAGGUUUCGGACCUUGGCUGCAGUGAAUUACCGCGGUCCCCCCCUCCCCCCCCCGAAGCAGGCUCAGCCCUGGGGUUGGCAACUGCUCCACAACAGGGUCAGGAGGCCCACUAGUCAGUCACCAGGCUCCUCGGCCCCUUGGCCUUCACUCUUAAAGGAGGCCCUGAUGUAAUUCAUUGGUAGGACUUCUUGCUGAGGAAAACAAGCAGUGCCUCAUUCUUAGCCGUGGCUUCUUCCCGUGAGUACAAGUCUGUUCCAUUUAUGUGGCCUUUAUGUCUCAUCAGUUCAUGUCCCAGUUGGAUGGGCUCCAACACACCCUGUCCUUGUCUGGAACACCCUCUUCUAUUCCAUAUUUCUUAUUUUGUCUUUUGAAAUCCUCCCCUUGAGCCAAAGCUGUGGGGUCCAGCUACCUUCUUGGAUUUUCUCCACAUCCAAAGAGAAGGAAUUCAUACUUGUCUCUAAUCCAAUCUGAAAUAUAUGAAGGAAAAACUCCCAACAAGGCUUGUCUUUCUGAAUUCCCUAGUCCCUGGCUUUUGCUCUUGGCAAGUACACAGUUACUGGUUAGAAUAAGUAAAUGGAUUUUGGAGUAGAGGGGAAAGCAAAGGAACCUAAAAUCCUUGGCUCUCUUCCCUCUCUGACUUUUCCAUCAUUAAACGUUUAUUCUGUAGUGAAUUCAGUUCUGUAAGGCUAAUGUUCCACUACAGCCAACCCUGCCUUCCCCCACACCCCCAAGAAAUAGUGAACACUUGAGGAUUGCACUACCCUUUAUUUCUAGGAUGAAAGGUGUCCUGAAUCACAUCCUGGUUCCCACUGGUCAAGGCUCCCAGCCCCUCAACAGGAAUAGGCAUGUUCAGGGAGGCUCACUGGGCAGGUGGCCAAGUUCCCUUUCAAGGGGAUACACCAUAAAGAUGACAUUGUCCCAGGGAGGGAGGACAGGGUGAUCUGGUCUGACCACCUCAAAGCCCAUGUAGCUGAAGGCCCGUAGCAGGGCACCUGUGAAAAAAAAAUUAGAACAUUUUUUGAGGCUCUAUACAACUUUCCCUGGAUUUGGCUUCUUUAGGGAGUGGCUGAAGGGAAGCCAUGUAGUGCAAGCAUUAGGGUGAUCUGCUUUGGACUAACCUAACUCCACCCCUGGUUCUAAGGCUUGCUAAGCUUUGUGACACUGUACAAGUUACCCUUUCAGAGCUUUAGUUUUCCCUUUAUAAGAUGGUGAUCUUCCUCAGAAUUUGAUUAAAUAAGAUGAUCAUGAAAUGCCUAACAA